CAUGCAUCGCCCCCUAAGCUCUUAAUUCUAAAGAAGUGUCUGUCAUAAUGACUAAUAAGCACUUGCUAGUUUCUUGAGUCCAGAUUAGAACAGUCAUCAGAAUCAAAUUCUACUUUGCAAUUUUAUCAGGAAGUGCCCAUAACAGAUGAAGAAAGGCGCUAAGUGGGGAAUAGGAGGUGGCAUAAUCCUAAUCAUUGCCAUCGUCGCCGUUGUCCUAGCAGUGGUCUUACCGGGUAGAAAGAAGGAUAAAGAUGAAGAGCUUCCUGUCAUGUACUUUGCUAUGCAUCUCGGUGACCCAGCACCUGCACGAUCACAGCGAAUAUCAGGGCAAUACCAAAAUCUUAUGGAGGGCGAAUGCAGUCUUGAUUUGAAUGUGGAAAAUACUCGAAAGUCGAUCGAAGGAUUAGGUUCGAACCAAAAAUUCGCCUUCAUCUUCUAUUCGAAUGAUGUGGAUACGACAUCACCGAUGACCGCGGAGGAAGCUCUCGAGCGGUUGAAGAAAGUGGAAGCUGCGAAUGAAUCAUCGUACAAACAAGAACAGGUCGCAAAAGCGUAUACAAGUCGACGAAACGCCAAAGAUCUUCUCGUUUACUUCAUCCCAUGUGACUUCUCCUACAGUAAAGACGAAGAUGUGAAGAACUUCGUUACUGAACUGCAAAAAUCUGGCGUCCUUAAAAAAAGUCUUAUCGUUUCAAACACGAAACCUUCCCAAACCGUUGCACAAUUGUAUGAAAUGAACGAUGAAAACGUAGCAGGAACGGACAAGAAUAUUAUCGAGAAGAUUAUCGAUUUCGGUCGUUCCACUGAAACGACGGAACAAACGCAGGGUACUCGAACUUCUAGAAGAUCAACUGGCAGACCGACAACUGCGCCACCUGCAACGAGGUACAAUUGUCUAUUCGUCGGUGAUUUGUACAAUUAUGGGAAUGAUGGUGAAUCCUAUGCACAAGAAGCUGAACUCCUUUCUCAAGUCGGUUACGAUAUUUUCGAUGAAAGUCGGGCGAAAAUUGGUCUAUGGGCAUAUGGACACACAGAUUUCCCCAGAAAUGCCAAUGCAUCACUGAGUGAUAUGAGUAGAAAUCAUGAGGAACUAGAUAAGAAACUUUCGAAGAUGAAAUAUGCUAACAAAAGCGAUCCUUUCACUACUAAAGAGGCCGUCGAGGCAAUCAAUGAGAUGUAUGAUACGCAGAAACAAUUGAACUGCUUGAUCUUUUUGACUGCUCAAAAGCGCACGAGUGGUUUACCUCGAAUAGCGCCAAAGCAUCUCCAAUUUGAAAAGGUGGUGGUGGUUGGCCUUAGCGACACUCAUCCGAAGGAGAUCGUGCCCGUAGAAAAUGGUGUGCUCAUUUCAAUUCCAUUCUAUUACGUGGAAACAGAUGUACGAGCCAUUGUCGAAGCUAUCAUCGGGCAAAAGACUACGACCAUACUCCCUACUGGCAGCACGAAAAAGCCUUCAACAGCACCCAGAUGUUUGUUUAUUGGUGAUAUGUAUAACUUCGGCUCAAAUGCUGAUGCUUAUAUUCAGGAAAGGGAGUUCAUCGCCACUCUUGGGUAUGACUUCUUCAAAGAAUUCCGUGACCCUAAACUCGGAUUCUGGGCAUACGGUCACUUGAAGCCGGCCUAUCCGGAUCGGCCGAAUCUUGACAAGAUGAGCAAGAAUAACGAUGAAUUUGAAGACCUCUUAAAGGAUAUGGAGUACUACCUGAGAGGAACGCCUACAACUACUCAGCGCGCCAUCGAAAUUGUCAAUGCAAUGGCAGAAGACGACAGAGCAAAUUGUUUGGUCUUCUUCGCAGCUCCAAACAACACCGCAUCCUUGCCAGUCCUGAAACCACACUCCAAAAUCGAACGGAUAGUUGCUGUUGGGUUUGCUGAUGCCGAUCUGAAAAGAAUUGCGGGAGAGAAAGGACGUGCCAUUAAGGUGCCAUUCUAUUACAAUGACGAGGAUGUGGCAAACGUUUUGAACGCUAUAAGGGGAUAUGUACCGACUACCACUGGAUUGCCAACAAAGCCACCAACAACUACAACAACACCUGCUCCAAGAAGAAAGCUGAAUUGUCUGCUUGUCGGUGACAUGUAUAACUACGGAAGCAAUGUCGGCUCCUACGAUAACGAAGCCGAGCUGUUGUCCCAAGUUUCAUACGAUGUGUUUGUUUCGCCGAGAGUUGAUCCGCGACUGGGUCUUUGGGCUUACGGUUACACUAAAUAUGAGCCGGAUGUGGCUAAGACGUUGAAAAGAAUGGUUAAUGAUAGCAAAGCAUUUAAUAAUCUCCUGAUGGAAAUGGAAUAUGCUACCGUGGCUACUUACAAGACCACUGAAACGGCUAUAAAGGCUAUUAAUGCGAUGAGCGAACAGCAACUAGACUGCUUGGCAUUUUUCACUGCUCAAAACAACACAAAGGGUCUUCCGAAACUAGAACCCAAGAACAAAGGAAUCAAGUCAAUUGUAGUUGUUGGACUUAGCGGAACGAAGCCUGAUGACAUCGUGCCAGUAGGAGGUAAAAUGAUAUCUGUUCCGCACUAUUAUUUGGACGAAGAUGUGGAUAAGAUAGUUGCAGCUAUAUUAGACGAUAAACCCUGGACGACUAAGAGACCUACCACAACAAGACCGACUACGAAAAAACCUACAACACCGAAGCCCAUUGACCUGAAAUGCCUCAUGGUUGGCGACUUGUUUGGUUUUGGAGCAAGCGCCGAUGACAGAUAUUUGGAUGAAGCCGAGUUUAUCGAUGCUCUUGGGUAUGACUUCUUUGGAAGCAGUGGCACUAAGCCAAUGGCCGGAGUAUGGGCUUAUGGUUACACGACAUUCCCAAAAUCGCCAGAUCUUAGCAAAAUCACUGCUAAUCGUAGCGUUUUUCGGGACGAACUAUUCAAAAUGCAGUAUCAACACCGAUCUGAUCCCUUGACAACAUCAAACGCAAUUGAAGUAAUUAACAAGCUGGGAGCAGACAGUCGUGUCAACUGCUUGGUUUUCUUCUCAACAAGCAACGAUACGAAAUCUCUGCCAAAACUUAAUCCACAAAAUAAAGGAAUCGAGCGGAUUGUGGCAGUCGGAUUUGCUGGAGCAGACUUGAACGACUUGGUGACAGAUCGAGGAGUUGCUGUUAGUGUACCUCUCAGAUAUCUGGAUGAAGACAUAGAAUUGGUCUUAAAAGCCAUCUUGGGAAAGUAUGUACCAACUAAGUCCACUACGCGAAGUACAUCAACUACAAGACGCAGCACUACAAGACGAAGCACAACAGCUGCACCAAAAAGAAAGUUGAAUUGCAUGCUUGUUGGUGACAUGUACAACUAUGGAAGUAAAGUCGACUCUUACGAUAAUGAAGCCGAACUAAUAUCUCAAAUUGGAUACGAUGUGUUUGCCACACGUACGGUGGACGCACAGCUGGGUCUUUGGGCUUACGGUUACACUAAAUUUGAGCCUGACGUAGCUAAGACGUUGAAGAGGAUGACUAAUAAUAGCAACGCAUUCAACGACCUUUUGAUGGAAAUGGAGUAUGCUGCAGUGGCUAGUUACAAAAAUACUGAAGCAGCUAUAAAGGCGAUCAAUGCGAUGAGCGAACAGCAGCUGAACUGUUUAGUUUUCUUCACGGCUCAAAAUAACACAAAGAGUCUUCCAAAACUAGAACCCAAAAACAAAGGAAUUAACUCACUUUUAGUUGUUGGCCUUAGCGGUACAAAGCCUGAAGAUAUUGUGCCAGGUGGAGGCAAAAUGAUAUCUGUUCCUCAUCAUUAUCUGGAUGAAGACGUAGAUAAGAUAGUCAAGGCUAUUUUAGACGAUAAACCAUGGACGACUAAAAAGCCCACCACUACUAAACCCACUACUAGAACAACGAGAAGAACAACACCAACAACAAGAACCUCUCCGCCAAAAAGAAAAUUGAACUGCCUGAUUGUCGGUGACAUGUACAACUAUGGAAGUAAAGUCGACUCUUACGAUAAUGAAGCCGAACUAAUAUCUCAAAUUGGAUACGAUGUGUUUGCCACACGUACGGUGGACGCACAGCUGGGUCUUUGGGCUUACGGUUACACUAAAUUUGAGCCUGACGUAGCUAAGACGUUGAAGAGGAUGACUAACAAUAGCAACGCAUUCAACGACCUUUUGAUGGAAAUGGAGUAUGCUGCAGUGGCUAGUUACAAAAAUACUGAAGCGGCUAUAAAGGCGAUCAAUGCGAUGAAUGAGUAUCAACUGAACUGCUUAGUGUUCUUCACCGCGCAAAACAAUACUAAGGGCCUUCCAAAACUAGAACCCAAAAACAAGGACAUCGAUACUAUCGUAGCUGUGGGUCUUAGCGAUACGAAUCCUGCCGACAUUGUGCCGGCAGGCGGUAAAUUCAUAUCUGUUCCAUACCAUUAUUUGGAUGAAGAUGUAGAUAAGAUAGUUAAAGCAAUCACAGACGGUAAGCCCUGGACAACGAGGAAGCCCAGCACAACGAAACCGACCACGACCACACCAAAGCCACUUGAUCUAAAAUGCCUCAUGGUUGGCGACUUGUUUGGUUUUGGAGCAAGCGCCGAUGACAGAUAUUUGGAUGAAGCCGAGUUUAUCGAUGCUCUUGGGUAUGACUUCUUCGGAAGCAGUGGCGCGAAGCCAAUGGCCGGAGUAUGGGCUUAUGGUUACACGACAUUCCCAAAAUCGCCAGAUCUUAGCAAAAUCACUGCUAAUCGUAGCGUUUUCCGGGACGAACUAUUCAAAAUGCAGUAUCAACACCGAUCUGAUCCCUUGACAACAUCAAACGCAAUUGAAGUAAUUAACAAGCUGGGAGCAGACAGCCGUGUUAACUGCUUGGUUUUCUUCUCAGCAAGCAACGAUACGAAAUCUCUACCAAAACUUAAUCCACAAAAUAAAGGAAUCGAACGGAUUGUGGCAGUCGGAUUUGCUGACGCGGAUUUGAGCGAUUUGGUGACAGAUCGAGGAGUUGCUGUCAGUGUACCCCUACGAUUUUUGGAUGAACAUGUUGAACUGGUUUUAAAAGCCAUCUUGGGAAGGUAUGUACCAACUAAGCCCACUACGCGAAGUACAUCAACUACAAGACGCAGCACAACAGCGGCACCAAAAAGAAAAUUGAAUUGCCUGCUUGUCGGUGACAUGUACAACUAUUUGAGUAAAGUCGACUCUUACGAUAAUGAAGCCGAACUGAUAUCUCAAAUUGGAUACGAUGUGUUUGCCACACGUACAGUAGACUCACAGCUGGGUCUUUGGGCUUACGGUUAUACCAAAUUUGAGCCUGACGUAACUAAGACGCUGAAGAGAAUGACUAAUGAUAGCAACGCAUUCAACGACCUUCUGUUGAAAAUGGAAUUUGCUGUAGUGGCUAGUCACAAAAAUACUGAAGCGGCCAUAAAGGCAAUCAAUGCGAUGAACGAGAAUCAACUGAACUGUUUAGUGUUCUUCACCGCCCAGAACAAUACUAAGGACCUUCCUAAGUUAGAACCCAAAAACAAAGACAUUGAUACUAUCGUAGCUGUGGGUCUUAGCGGUACGAAUCCUGAAGACAUUGUGCCGGCAGGCGGUAAAUUCAUAUCUGUUCCAUACCACUAUUUGGAUGAAGAUGUGGAUAAGAUAGUUAAAGCAAUCACAGACGGUAAGCCCUGGACAACGAGGAAGCCUAGCACAACGACGACCACGAGAAAAACCACAACACCAAAACCACUAGAUCUGAAAUGUUUGUUUGUUGGUGAUUUGUACAAUUUUGGAUCGGAUGAAGAAAAGUACCUGGAUGAAGCCGAGUUCAUAUCCCAACUUGGUUACGACUUCUUCGAAAGCAGCGAAUUGAAGAAAAUGGCCGGAUUAUGGGCAUAUGGUUAUACGACUUUCCCAAAAUCACCGGAUCUCAGCAGCAUCACUGCUGACCGAAGAGUUUUUGGUGAACAACUCCAUGAAAUGCUCUAUCAUUACGUCUCGGAUCCAUCCUCAACAGCAAACGCGAUCGAAACCAUCAACAGGAUGAGUGCAGAUAGUCGGAUGAAUUGUUUAGUCUUUUUCGCAGGAAGCAAUGAGACGGAUACUCUACCCGAAUUUAACCUGAUAAGUAAACAAAUAGUACGACUCGUAGCAGUUGGAUUUGAUGGUGCAAAUUUGAGCAAGUUGGUAAGCCCACAAGGCAUUGCUGUAAGCGUGCCACGAUACUAUGUUGAAGACGAUGUUAAGAAAGUUUUGAAGGCUAUCAUAACCGGAAAGACACAGUCAGCAGUACGGUACGUCAACUAUGAAAUUCCGCACCAAAGGCAUUUCCCCAUCCGUUCAUUCCACGAAAGAAUGAUGGUUCCUGUAAACUAACGCAUAGACAUAAAAGAGUUGAAGCAAUCUAGUGCAGGUGCAUAAUUAUAUAUAUCAAGACUGUUAAUAAACCUUUUGUUUG